UUUCACAUUGAAUUGACUUACAUACCAAAACGAGGCUAAAGUUGUUUGGACGCGAACUCACUUAGUGAAAGUACUCCAAACAUUCUUAUCUUGAGAUUUAUUAGUUGUUUCUUGCGGUUUGAUUUGUUAAAAAUGGAUCAGUCUACAAGUACGAAUGAGUCGAGCCAGCAAGUAAAGAAAAGAGCUUCUUUAGGAAAGCAGUGUGCAGCGUUUGGUUGCUACAAUUUCUUUUAUUCUACCGACAGAUCCCCGACUGGCCUACGCUUCUUCAAGUUUCCUCAAAAAAACCCGGAAAAACGUCAGUGGUGUAAUUUAAUAAAGCGAGUUGAUGGCCUGGAUGGGUUCAGAGUUACUGCAUCGACUUAUCUGUGCCAUGAACACUUUACGGAUUCAGACAUAAAGAAGAAUCCUCAACGCUGGAAGUUACGAAGUGGCGCCUUGCCUUCACUUAAAUUGCAUGAAGGAAACCGCUUGGCCUCUUCUACGAAAACAACUCGAAAAGCUCCAACGGAUCGCAGCUCCUUUGUUUUUGAAUCUGUAAGCGAUGUCUUGGAUUCAAUGGAGAACACUGUUUCGACGCAAACAAAUCUUUCGUUUAUUAACAGGCCUAUUUUCCUUGAAAAUCCUGGCCCUGGCAGUUUCCCAACAGUCGAGCACGGAUAUUCCCAAGGCAACCAGAAUGAUGUAGAGUUGGUUGAAUUCGUCAAUCUCAAAGAGAAAGUUGAGGAACUCUCUCAAAAAGUUGCUGAUUUAAAUGAUCAACUAUCUUCUGCAAAGAAAGCCUUUUUUUCUGUUGAAAAAUUGCAAGAUGAUGAUUCAGCAGUGAAGUUUUACACUGGUUUUCCUUCAUAUUUCUCAUUUCAAGCCGUUUUUGAAUAUUUAAAGCCAAAGCUUGAAAACAUGUCUUAUUGGCGAGGAACAAAGUCCACCAAUACCUCCACAGACCAAGAGCAAGAACAGAAUCUGACUUCAAAAAAACGAGGACCAAAAAGAAGGUUGUCACAGUUAGAUGAAUUUCUCUUUGUCCUGAUGCGUUUGAAAGUUGGAUUGUUUCUCAGUGAUCUUGCUGACAGAUUCGGUAUCUCUGUUGGUCAUGCCUCAAAAAUUUUUACAACCUGGAUUAACUUUCUCUUCCAUGAAUUACCACUUUUGUUUCCCUAUCCGUCAAAGGAUCUAGUUGCGAGUAUGCUGCCAGCUGAAUUUAAAAAUUAUCCUUCAACAAGAAUUAUCCUUGACUGUACAGAAAUACAUAUUGAAGUCCCCUCCUCCUUAAGAUCACAGUCUCAAACAUGGUCAGAAUACAAACAUCAUAAUACAUGGAAAGCUCUUAUUGGUAUAUCUCCCAAUGGUGCAAUUACCUUUAUAUCAAAGCUCUGGUCUGGUCGUGUUUCUGACAAAGAAUUAACAUCUUCCUCUGGUCUUCUUUCUCUUUUGGAACCAGGUGACAAUGUAAUGGCAGACAGAGGUUUUGAUAUCGCCAAUAUAUUACCACCUGGUGUCACACUAAAUAUUCCUCCUUUCAAAGGCUCACGUGACCAGUUAACACCUGCAGAAUCAGAAGAAACAGCCAAGAUUGCCGCUGUGAGAAUUCAUGUAGAGAGAGCUAUUGGGAGGGUCAAGAACUAUCACAUUUUAGAUGGUGUAUUGCCACUAAGUCUUGCUCCUGUCGCAAACCAAAUUUUCACAGUCUGCUGCCUUUUAACAAAUUUUUUGCCAUUUUUAGUUAACCCUCAAAAGAAUGAUAACUGAAUUAAAUUUGUAUUCUUCAGUAAUCAAUAAAAUAGUAUCUAUUAUUUACAAGUACUGAAUAGGUCAUACAAAGACAUGAUAAAAAUAGGUAUUAUACAUUAUCGACAUUGGGUAAAUGACAUUGAAUGCAAUCCCCCUUUUUAGGCAUUAACUACAAUUUGUCACAUCUAUUGUUGUCCUAUUGCCAUUAUUGUAGUUCAUAGCAGAUUAGUCCUUGCCAUCCUUUCAAUGCUAUGCAUUCAAGCUGAUUUCAUCUUGGACCUUUAAGUCUUUAUAUUUCAACAAGAAGCCUUUUUAGUCCAGUUCUUUGUUGCAAAAUUAAUGUUCUUAUUGCCAUUAUUGUAGUUCAUAGCAGAUUAGUCCUUGCCAUCCUUUCUAAACUGUGCAUUCAAGCUGAUUUCAUCUUGGAUCUGUAAGUCUUUAUAUUUCAACAAGAAGCCUUUUUAGUCCAGUUCUUU